AUGUCGUCCAACUACACCUGCACAGCCUGCUCCAAGGCCCUACUCAGGUCCUCUUCUUCGCUCCUACAGCGAACGAAUAGAGCAUCUCUGCGCCAAGUGCAACGAACAAUUUCUACCACUUCACCGACCUCAUACCAUGCAUCGCAAGCCUUGUCAGCCGAUGUCAGGCCCGAAGCAAUCAAGAAGCCGCAUCCCGCUGUUGCGUCCGGUGUGACUGGACUCGCCCAGAAGCUGCGCGAAAAGGCACCAUUGAUGACCGAAACCUACGUCGCAUAUGGCGCAACACGAGACCUCAUCAAGGAAUGCACGAAGCCGGGCGAAUACAAAAUACCCCAAGCGCUGUUGAAGCGGGGCGAGAUACCAGUAGACGAGAAUGGCGUGCAUCUAGGCGAGGGCGAGGGCUGGUGGUAUGACACUCUCGGACUCAAGCCCACCUUCUCGAAUUGGGCUCAGAUCACUUUUAUCCACAUGUACAUGCUGCAAGUCCGCUUCCGCAUGUUCCCCCAAUCCCAUGCGCCCGUAUGGAUCCAGCACCUCACCAAUCAGGCCUUCUACGCUGCUGAGGACCGUCUCGUGAUAUGGCACAAGUUCAACGCCAACUCGCUGCGCCAGAAACACCUGAAGGACAUGUUCGCGCAGUGGCGUGCGGUACUCCUAUCGUAUGACGAGGGUCUCAUGAAGGGUGACGCUAUGCUUGCGGCGGCUAUCUGGAGGAAUCUGCUUGGUGCAAAAGAAGAUGUCGACUUCGAGAAGCUAGCACAGAUUGUAGGAUACAUGAGGAGAGAACUGAAGAGGCUGGACAACGCUACAGACGACGAGGUGGCAAAUGGGCAAUGGACUUUCAAGGGCAGCCCAGGAGACGAAGCCAACGUUGUCAAAGCGCCAAGCCGUAUGAUGGCGACUGAGACUACGAAAGCGUAA